AUGAUUCUCAAUUCUCCAAAUUCCUUGAAGUUGCAGAUAAACAUACCUUUUGCAGAGGCUUUGGAGCAAAUGCGUAGCUACGCAAAAUUUAUGAAGGAAAUACUCUCUAAGAAGUGGAGGAAUAAGGAGUAUGAGAGUGUACAAUUGACGGAGGAGUGUAGCGCUAUAGUGCAACAAAAACUCCUAACUAAAAAGAAAGACCCGGGAAGUUUCACCAUCCCUUGCACCAUUGGUAGCACGUUGAUUGAAAGGGCACUAUGUGAUUUGGGAGCGAGUAUUGAUUUAAUGCCACUAUCAAUAGCCAAGCUCAUUGUGGACACGUUGGUUUUCCCCGUGGACUUCGUUAUUCUUGAUAUGGAGGAGGAUUCUAAUACUCCAAUUAUUUUGGGGAGACUUUUCUUACUUACGGGGAGAACUCUCAUUGACGUGGAAAAAGGGACUUUGAUGUUGAGAAUUGCGGAUGAACAAGUCAUAUUCAAGGUGUUUGAAACCACCAAAUACCCGGAAGAUGGAGAAUCUUGUUUUUGA